UAUUGUAUGCGCGUAUGUCAUGUCAUACGUUCUCCGUCGCACAUUAUCACUGAUAUUUUGGCCUUUGUAAACGAGAUAGUUGUUUCUUAUUUCUAUUUUUCUUCAUUUUUUGCGUCUUAAUAGUGAAUAGAAUUUGGCCAAAAUGUCGUUAUCAAGUGCAUUGCCACCACCGGUAAAUAUAACUUACGACCCAGAGCUCUAUGAUGAGCGAUCGAUGCGUGGUGCACCUGAAAUGGGUGCAUUAGUGAGUGCAAAAGUAGCUGCACCACCUUAUGGACAAAGAAAAGGCUGGAUUCCGCGUUCCGAGGCUGAUUUCGGCGAUGGAGGUGCUUUUCCAGAGAUCACAGUCGUCCAAUAUCCACUUGGAAUGGGCGCUCCACAGAAUGCUGGCAAAAAAUCAAAUGCACUAGCGAUAAAAACCGAUGCAUCGGGCAAAAUUCGAUAUGACUUAAUCGCUCGACAGGGUCAUGCAAAAGAUAAAAUUGUGUAUUCAAACAUUAGCCAGUUGUUGCCAGCCGAAGUGUUGGCCGAAGACGAUGAACUACUACAGAGACCUGAUGAUGAAAAAGUGGCCGAGGCCACCGAAGCGACGCGUCUUGCUUUGGAAAAAUUGACCAAUGCAAAGGUAUCAGCCGCAUUACCAGUUCGAGCUGCAGAAAAAGCGGGACCAGCCCAAUAUAUUCGAUACACACCGUCGCAACAAGGCGAUCAAUUCAACUCAGGUGCAAAACAGCGCGUUAUUCGUAUGGUUGAAGCACAAGUCGAUCCAAUGGAACCACCAAAAUUUAAGAUUAAUCAAAAAAUUCCACGAGGACCACCAUCACCACCGGCUCCGGUGUUGCAUUCCCCAUCUCGAAAAGUAACCGUAAAAGAACAAAAAGAAUGGAAAGUGCCUCCAUGCAUUUCGAAUUGGAAGAACGCAAAGGGUUACACAAUUCCGUUGGAUAAGAGAUUGGCGGCUGAUGGCCGUGGUCUGCAGCAAGUGCAUAUUAAUGAGAAAUUCGCCAAAAUGGCUGAAGCAUUGUAUAUAGCAGAUCGAAAGGCUCGUGAAGCGGUCGAGGCGCGAACACAAUUGGAGAAGAAAUUGGCGGCCAAAGAUAAGGAAGCCAAAGAGCAGCAAUUGCGUCAAAUGGCUCAACGAGCUCGUGAAGAGCGUGCUGGUAUCCGACCGGCUGACGAAGCUGGUGCAAGUGGUGAGACACGCGAACGUGACGAAAUUCGAGCUGAUCGUCACCGCGAAAGAGUUCGUGACCGUAAUUUGGCCAGAGCCGCACCAGACAAACGCUCGAAAUUGCAACGCGAACGCGAACGUGACAUUUCCGAACAGAUUGCAUUGGGUAUGCCAGCCAAAACGCUUAACAACGGUGAAACGAUGUUCGAUCAACGUUUAUUCAACACAUCCAAAGGAAUGGACUCCGGUUAUGGAGACGAUGAAGCAUACAAUGUAUAUGACAAACCGUGGCGCGAUGCCAAUUCCAUGGGUUCACAUUUGUAUCGACCAAGCAAACAGAUCGAUCAGGAUCUGUACGGUGGUGAUUUAGAUAAAAUUGUCAGUACAAAUCGUUUUGUACCCGACAAAGAGUUCAGCGGUACCGAUCGUUCGGCGCAAAAUGCACGUACUGGCCCGGUACAAUUCGAAAAAGAAGAGGAUCCAUUUGGUUUGGAUCAGUUCUUGAACAUGGCAAAGAGAACGAAACGAAAGGAUGACAAAGGCGCAUCAACAUCAUCGUCGUCACAAGAUCGCGGCGAAAAGAAACGCAGAAGAGAUUGAACACAUACAAACCGCUUUCGAUUGGCCAUUUCUUUUCCAUCAUUCAAUUUCGUUUUUUCUCCUGAGCUAGUAAGAUUUUCAAUAAACUGACGAUUUAAUGCACAUUUAUUCCAAACCAAAUUUAUCGGGCAUUUUUUAUAUGGGACAUUUUUGAAUCUUUAAAUAUUUUUUGAAUUUGUUUGAAACUUCGAAAUGGAAGUUUUUAUUAUUUUAGCUCUAGAUCUUAUUGGGUGGAUCAACCGAUUGAAACAAUCAAUUUCGAAUGAUAUUUGUUCCGCCAACGAUAGUCUACAAUUGGCAAUUCCAUUCUGAUAACACGUGAGCAACGAACAACGAUGUAGAUCUCAAAUCAAUGUGGAUUAAAAUAUCAUGAGUCAUAUAUUGUCAAGCUGUCUGAUUAUAUUUUCGUGCAUAGCUUAUCUCUAUAUCGGCGCUGAUAAUCUUUUUGUUACAAAAUUAGCGUUGCAACGAACCAUAGAGACACACUUUAGUAUUUCUUUGAAUGAAAUGAAUAAUUUCGCCACUGUUCGAAUGGAUCAAUAUGGAAGUAAUUGCGUGACUAUUAUGGUGCUCCAUAAAUUAUUGCGUUAUCAGGCUGAUGUUAUCAUACAACGAAAAUUCUUUCAUCAGACGUCAUGUAUUUUCCAAUAACCUUCAAUAAACCAAUAAGUGGAUUGAUUCAUCCAACUCUAACACGUGAGAGACAUUGAUAACGUACAAAAUACGCAUUAUAAAAGCAAAUUCUACGCAACAAUUGAUCAUUCGUGUUUGAAUAGCCAAAGAGCAUAUAACCAAAAUAUUUAGCCAUUGUGUCAAUAAAUUAAAUCGAAUAGAAUUUCAGUGGUACCAAAUUUUCCAAGAUGAAGUUAAUUUCAAGUGUUCUCGUACUUUGCAUAUUUUCCGUGGUUCACAUUGAAUGUAUUCUCCAAGGGAAUAAAAUAAACAUACAAAACGCACCGUAUCUCGUGUCAAUUCGUGAUGAAAAAGCGGAAUACAUUGCUGGUGGAUCAAUCAUAUCUUCCCGUUUGAUAUUGACAUCGGCACGAGCCCUUGACAAUCAUAACGAGCCAAAGAAUAUCAGUGUACUCGCUGGAACCGAAGUUCUUAAAGGAGAAUCCGGCACUAUGUUGACGAUUGAAAAAAUUGUGAAACAUGAGGAUGAUAUUGCUUUGCUGCGAACAUCGGAAGAAAUAGUUUUUUCUGAUAAAAUUCAACCAAUUCGAAUUCCAACAUUUGAUCUCUAUUCAGAGAAGUCUCCACUAACCGAUGGUUUCACCGUAAUUGGGUGGGGAAAAGAAAGAAAUGUAAGUAAUUGUUAAUAUUAAGUGUUUCAGAAAUAUUUUUUUACGUAAACUGUACAAAAAAUGUUAUUAAUUUAUUAUUUUUCUAAUAGGAGGACAAACUUAAUUAUACCUCCGAAUUGAAAGCAAGCCAAUAUCCAGUAUUGGAUAACAAGAACUGUAACUUGCGAUUGAAGGGAGCUCAUUCGCAAUUUGUGCCAUCAGUUGAUGACAACAAAAUCUGUACAGAACAAAAUUUACCAAAUAAUGGUAUCUGUUCAGGAGAUAUAGGUAAAAAUUAAAAGGAAUUUCUUAUCGCGUUCAAUAUAUUGACAAAUAAGACUGGAAAUAAUGAUUGAAAUAUUUUUUUACGCAGGUUCACCAUUGACAUCAGGUAACUUUUUGGUUGGAAUUGCUUCUUGGUACCAUGCAGCUCCAUCAAAUGCUACGGUAAAUUCAAAGUGAAAUCAAUAAUUCAUCAUUUCAAAACCAAUAAUUUUUAUUUAAAUGUUUUUUUUCUACAGCCCGCUAAAUAUACUUGUGGCAACGGUAUGUUUUUUAAAAUUCAAAUUUCUUUUGUUUUUUUUUUGUUCCUCUUUGUGUUACUCUCUUAACGAUGUGUUUUGUUUAUUCACAAUGUUGAAUACAAUUUAUAGUUUCCUUUCAAUGAAAUUUCAAUAACGUGUUCUUUUUCUUAUAUUCUCCAGGAUACCCAAAUGUUUACACCAACGUCUACCAAUACCGUGAUUGGAUCGCAAAAGGUGAUGGAAAUGCUAUCCGUGCUGCAAGCUUCGUAUUGAUUGCUUUUGGAGCUACGCUCAUUUCCAUUCUCUAGUCGUAUAGUACAAUGUGUUCAAUUUUGUUGUAAAUUCGACAUUCAUUUACUUCAAUAAGAGAAGCAAAUGUUUUUCGAUGUUAAAAAAAAACCAUAUCGUUAUUAGCUCUUUGUUAUUUAAUAAAAAAAAAAUCAGUAAAAACACGAACAUAAA